GGCAUCCGAACAACACAAAGUUCUCUUCUUUCCCCCUCUGUUGUUUUUUUUUUUUGGAAUUUCUUUACCCCAAAUUAAGUUUUCUCUCAGAUUCUCUCACUUUCUUGUCCUUUAGCCAUUUUCUCAGGAAAACGAGAAAGAGAGGAGGAGCUUGAGCAAGAAAGUUACCAGCUUUCUCCUCCGCCAUAUCUCUCAUCUCCCUCUGCUCGGAUAAGCGAGAACAGAAUAAAAGUGAAACCCAACGAGUGAAAAACUAAUUGAAGUGAAAGUGGAAAUUUUAAAUUAAAUAAAAGAGAAAAAAGUUGAAGCCAUUUGCUUUGCCUGCGAUAUUUCUCCGGCAUGGGUUUGAACCCUAAUGGGAUGAAGAAUGUGGCGGCGGCGGCGGCGGCUGGAGCUCUGGUUUUUCUAGGGUUUCUGGUCUCAUCUGUUUCUGGGUCUGUCUCAUAUGACAGCAGGGCCAUUACCAUCAAUGGCAAGAGAAGAAUCCUCAUCUCUGGAUCUAUUCACUACCCCAGAAGCACUCCUGAGAUGUGGCCAGAUCUAAUUCGGAAGGCAAAAGAGGGAGGCUUGGAUGUGAUUCAGACAUACGUUUUCUGGAAUGGGCAUGAGCCUGCUCCUGGAAAAUAUUAUUUCGAAGGAAACUAUGAUCUGGUUAGAUUCAUCAAGCUGGUCAAGGAAGCUGGGCUCUAUGUUCAUCUCAGGAUUGGUCCUUACGUCUGCGCGGAAUGGAACUUUGGUGGCUUUCCUGUAUGGCUUAAGUACAUCCCAGGCAUCAGCUUCAGAACAGAUAAUGGCCCUUUCAAGGCUCAAAUGCAAAGAUUCACCACAAAGAUAGUCAACAUGAUGAAAUCUGAAAGGCUCUUUGAAUCACAAGGCGGCCCAAUAAUUUUAUCUCAGAUUGAAAAUGAAUAUGGACCAAUGGAGUAUGAGCUCGGUGCACCGGGAAAGGCAUACACCAAUUGGGCUGCUAAGAUGGCUGUGGGGCUCGGCACCGGUGUCCCGUGGGUCAUGUGCAAGCAAGAUGAUGCCCCUGACCCUAUUAUCAACACCUGCAAUGGCUUCUACUGUGAUUACUUCUCCCCGAACAAAGGCUACAAGCCCAAGAUGUGGACAGAGGCUUGGACUGGAUGGUUUACAAAGUUUGGAGGUCCUGUUCCCUAUCGUCCUGCUGAAGACAUGGCCUUUGCCGUUGCGAGGUUUAUCCAAAAGGGUGGAUCUUUCAUCAACUAUUACAUGUAUCAUGGCGGAACAAACUUUGGUAGAACUGCCGGUGGUCCGUUUAUUGCGACCAGUUAUGAUUAUGAUGCUCCUCUCGAUGAGUACGGGCUAGAGAGACAACCUAAAUGGGGGCACUUGAAGGAUUUGCAUAGAGCCAUAAAGCUUUGUGAACCGGCCUUAGUGUCAGGAGAUCCCACUAGGGUACCCCUUGGACGCUUUCAAGAGGCUCAUGUAUUCAAGUCAAAAUCUGGAGCUUGUGCUGCUUUCCUUGCAAAUUACAAUCCGAGAUCUUAUGCCACGGUUUCUUUCGGGAAGAAUCACUACAACAUUCCUCCUUGGUCUAUUAGUAUCCUUCCAGACUGCAUGAACACAGUUUACAAUACAGCAAGGGUUGGUGCUCAAACUUCGAGGAUGAAAAUGGUUCGUGUUCCUGUUCAUGGAGGAUUAUCUUGGCAGGCUUAUAAUGAAGACCCCUCGGCUUAUGACGAUGAAUCAUUCUCAAUGGUUGGAUUGUUGGAGCAGAUAAACACAACAAGAGAUGCUUCGGACUACUUGUGGUACAUGACUGAUGUUAAAAUCGAUGCUAACGAGGGAUUCUUGAAGACCGGGAAGUAUCCCACCCUUACCGUCUUAUCAGCUGGUCAUGCUUUGCAUGUCUUCGUCAAUGGCCAAUUAUCCGGAACUGCCUAUGGAAGCUUGGACUUCCCUAAACUAUCAUUUAGCAAAGCUGUGAAUCUUAGAGCUGGUAUCAACAGGAUUGCUCUUCUCAGCAUAGCAGUUGGCCUCCCGAAUGUUGGACCCCAUUUUGAGAGAUGGAAUGCUGGUGUUCUUGGUCCUGUUUCGCUGAACGGUCUGAACGAGGGAAGGAGAGAUCUUUCAUGGCAGAAAUGGACUUAUAAGGUUGGUCUCAAAGGGGAGGCUUUGAGUCUUCAUUCUCUCAGUGGAACCACCUCCGUUGAAUGGGCAGCCGGUGCGUUUGUGGCACGGAAGCAGCCACUUACCUGGUUUAAGACUACUUUCUCAGCCCCAGCGGGGAAUUCGCCAUUGGCUCUAGACAUGGAAAGCAUGGGAAAAGGUCAAAUAUGGAUAAAUGGGCAGAGCCUUGGGCGCUACUGGCCUGCGUAUAAAGCAUCCGGCUCUUGCAGUGAAUGCUCUUAUGCCGGGUCGUUCAACGAGAACAAGUGCUUACGAAACUGUGGAGAGGCUUCUCAAAGAUGGUACCAUGUUCCACAUUCAUGGCUGAAACCAAACGGAAAUCUGUUGGUUGUGUUUGAGGAAUGGGGCGGAGAUCCGAACGGGAUAUCGUUGGUCAGAAGAGAAGUGGACAGUGUGUGUGCGGAUAUCUACGAGUGGCAACCGACAUUGAUGAAUUACCAAAUGCAAGCGUCUGGAAAAGUUAACAAACCGUUGCAUCCGAAAGUGCAUUUGCAAUGUGGGUUUGGACAAAAGAUGAGGACAGUGAAGUUUGCGAGCUUUGGAACACCAGAAGGGACAUGUGGAAGCUACCGUGAAGGGAACUGCCAUGCCCAUCACUCCUACGAUGCUUUCAACAGACUAUGCGUGGGACAGAACUGGUGUUCGGUAACAGUAGCACCAGAGAUGUUUGGUGGAGACCCUUGUCCUAACGUGAUGAAGAAGCUCUCUGUGGAAGUCGUUUGCAGCUAAACGACGGCCAUGGCCGUGGAAACAGCCGAACUGUAAAUGUUAGCAAAGCAGAAAGGUCACUACUUUCAUUACUCCCUCACCAGUCUCCUGCAAUAUUAUUUGUUGAGAACUGCAAAAGUUGGGUUUUUUUUUCGGUUGCGGCUUUUUUUCCCCCGAGGUGGGAAGUUGUAAAAAACAGACAACACCACUUCUGGUUUAAAAAAAGGCGAAAAAAAGAAAGAGAUUGAAGAUGUCUGAUUCAUAUGUAAAUAAAGCUCUCUGCCGGGUUUGAGAGUUAUUUCAAGUAGAAGAAGAAGGAGAGAGCAAAUCGAGACAAGGCAGCAACGACUCAGAGUUGUCCAUGUGUGGAUCUUCUUCUUCUUCUUGGGUAGAAAUUUUAGGGUUUUUUUUUUUGUCUUUGGAUUGUUUCGUACUUUUUGUCGUUGUUGUUUGGUAACUGAAGAUCUCUCUCUCUCUCUCUGCAUUUGUCUCAUUGCCGUGCUUAUGUACUCUCUGUUCUUUAAGAAAUAUCUGAAAGUCAAGCCCGUUUCAUUCGGUUUUA